UCUUCUUUUCAUUCUCAAAAUAUGCUCUACGAUCCAUCACUUCCAUUUACUGCGGCUUAUCGUCUAUUUCGAGAACAGACAAUCAAGCAUAGUCCAUUUACUGCUGGCUGCCAUGCCUUUCUCAAGUACGAUGACACAAAGGAAGCCACGAUCCGAUUAUUAAUAUUGUAUAUAUUAUACGCACUUUAUGCGGACACAACACUCGAACGAAACCCAUUUCUCACAUUCUUUUUGGAAUUCGUGUCGGGUGAUAAUCAGCGUGGCAACGCUCUUGAACAACAAUUUGUCUAUUGCAUCUUGGGAGGUUCCAUUGUCAAAAUCAAGGAACGAACACCACGACAAGUGUGUGAUAAUACAUCGGAAACAUUACCAAAGCCUAACACGAGUGUCCAGCGCGUGAAUGAAUUGAAAAAGAGCGUUGCUUUAUUGAUAGGUGAUCCGUUAACACUAUUUGGAUCAAUCAAAGAUGGCGGUCAAGAGAUCAUUGGGCAACACCAACGAACAAACAAGUCUCAGCAGCAGCAGCAGCAAGAACAGCAAGAACAGCACUUGGAUCCAGAGGCACUUGCCCAAGUUACCUACUUGAUGCGUGAUGCUUGCCUAAGGACUUUAAGGAUACCCGAACAGCAGUUUGUGCAAAAUGCUUUCAAAUACCAUGCAAAAACUGUUGUCACAAGCUGUGGAUUAUCACCAGAAAAACUACGAGAUCUCGUGGAAACAAAUCAUAUUCUAGCAAUGGAUGUAGUGCCUUCAUUUCUUGAGCAGGUUACCGGUGACAAAGAAUAUUUGUAUGCACUUGCCAAAGUGCCAGUCGGUAAUAGUAGUGUGGAAUUGGUGUAUCAUUUACUCACGUCGGGUCGAACACUUGGCGAUGAUUUCAUACACAUGUACAUUUCCAACAGUAUUCGUACAUGUGAGUUGUACGAAGAAGGUCCACGUAAAGACAAGCAUGUCCGCUUGGUGGCCAAGUUUAUCCAGUCUUUAUUGGAAAGAGGCACUAUCUCCAUUGCCGAAUACCUCAUUGAAAUCCAAUCCUUCUGCGUCGGAUACUUUCGAUUCAAAGGCGUCGCCACGCUCUUCCAAUUGGCAUCCAGCGAAGCACAGCGAAUGGGAUUUCAAGUGGAUCGACAGCAGCAACAACAACAACAGCAGCAGCAGCAGCAGAAGCAGCAGAAGCAACAAGAAGUGGCAAUAUGAAAAGAAGAGAAAGAGAGAGAGAGGAGAGGGG